AUGGAAAUGAAAAAUAAUCAGAAAAUUAGCCACUUCCCUGGAAGGAGUGAGAUCUGUAGGAAAUAUUUGCUGGCUAGGGACAUAAGCGGGGUGGUAAAGCUCUUCUCAAAAGAAUUCAACUUCUCUCAGUGUCCUCCUGCAGAUUAUGACAAUUUGUAGCCCAGUAACAGAUCAAGGAAAGACAAGGCUUACAUCUGUAAACCGGACUCUGGCUGUCAGGCCAGAGGCAUCUUCAUCACCAAAUCUGAGAAGGACAUAAAACCUGGACAGGAUGUGAUCUGCCAGCUCUACAUCUCAAGGCCUUUUAUUCUUGGUAGAUUUAAGUUUGAUCUGAGGAUUUAUGUGCUGGUGACAUCCUGUGACCCUCCGAGGAUACUUGUCUGUAAUGAGGGCUUUACACAUUUUGCUACUUCAGCAUCCUCUGACCUUUUGUGUAAUAGCUUGGAUAAUGUAUGCAUGCAUCUGACAAAUUAUUCCAUUAACAAGAACAGAGUUAAUUCUGCCAGAGAAAAAGACACUGGUAGUAAGACGAAACUGUCCACUUUUAAUAACCGCACGCAGAAAUACGGCUGCAAUACCAGCCAGACGUGGCUGCGUAUAGCAGAUGUUAUUAUUAAAAUAUGGUUACACCAGGGCAGUGCUCCCUUUGAAAUGCGCGGGUUUGAUACUGUCUUGAAUCACAAAUCCAAGCCCCAGCUGCUUGAGGACCCUGAUAAAAGUCUCUCCUUGAUCCUGCAACAUGAUCUUAGCCAGGAGAUCGUGCGGUAUGUGGUCGUCACCGUGCAACAGAUCAGAGAGUCAGAUUAA